AGCUCGGCGUCCUCGCCUUGAUUUUAACCCCUGCGUGAUGGUUGCCUGGGAUGUUGUCACGCGUGCAGAAGAUGACGCAGGCGGGUGGGGGCGCUCUGCUCUGCUCUUCUCCUCCUCGUCGAACCAUAAACGCAGCAGCACUCAGUGGCUUUCCAGCGUGCUGAAAGUCGGAGCGUUGCCUCAGCUGUCUCUACUCCGAUCAAAAUAGAACCCUCAAAUAAUCCCCUCUUCUUUCACUCUGUGUUUCAAAUCGACAAAUUGUAGGGAUUUCUAUGGACUCUACUGGCCGAUGGAUGGAUGCACGCGUGUAUGCGCAACAAGAGUGCGCCUUAAUAUUCCUUUGCACCACUGGGGAAUACUGAAUGAAUGUUCAGGGAUUUUAUAAUCGGCUCUGGCUGACCGUUUGGACGCUCGGAGGUGAGUCGGCUCGGGAUAAGAUUUGACGCAGAGCUACUUUACGUGGACAUAAUGUCAACACGGAUUCACAGCAGCUGAAGCAGCUGCAUAACUUGAUGUGGCAAUGAUGCUCGUGAUACAACAGCGUCGGGCGGACACAGGUGCUUUAGGGAUGCCAUCCCCGUAAAUCCCGUUGCAUGAGGAUCUUCACGCCGCGGUGAAGGAUGGCUCCAGUCCUCUCGGCCGCCUUCAUCCUACUGCUGGCCCUCCUCGGCCCCGCCGCUACGGCCACUAACCCCGAGGAGGAUUACGCCGGAGACGAGGCGGAGCGGACGGCCGGUGAGAGCCUGGUGUUCGACGACUACCGGGGGAAAGGAUGCGUGGACGACAGCGGUUUCGUCUACAAGCUCGGGGAGCGCUUCUACCCGGGCCACUCCAGCUGCCCGUGCGUGUGCACUGAGGACGGGCCCGUGUGCGACCAGCCCGAGUGCCCCAAACUUCACCCCAAGUGCACCAAAGUGGAGCACAACGGGUGCUGCCCCGAGUGCAAGGAGGUGAAAAACUUUUGCGAGUACCGAGGGAAAACCUACAAAAUUCUGGAAGAGUUUAAGCCGUCACCUUGUGAAUGGUGCCGCUGCGAACCAAAUAAUGAGGUGCACUGUGUGGUGUCCGACUGUGCUGUCCCAGAGUGCGUCAACCCUGUGUAUGAGCCGGAGCAAUGCUGCCCCAUCUGUAAAAAUGGUCCAAAUUGCUUCGCUGGAUCGACGAUCAUCCCAGCUGGAAUUGAAGUAAAAGUGGACGACUGCACCAUCUGCCGCUGCCACAUCGGAGAUUGGUGGAAACCGGCGCAGUGCUUGCGGCGUGAGUGCCUCAACGGCCAGUCAUCAUAGAGAGACUCCAGUGGGGACGAGAGAUAAGAUCAGGCAGCGCCCUGCCUACCUACUGCACCAUUUUAUAUGAUUGACAGGGCAGGAGCACAAUUCUGAAACAACCUGAUGAGAAAUACAGGACAGUAUGACAUUGUCUCGUGAUUGCAGAGUUGAUAAUGAAGGAGGUGGUGAUGAUGAUGAUGGAGGUGGAACCGGUCUCCUGUCUUUCCCCCCCACAACUUUUCUGUCAUAUUUGCAGAAUUUGACUUGCUUGACUUGCCGCUGUCAACGCUUCAGAUUUGAACUCGUUCUUCACCGUGGGCAAUGUGAAUUAAUCAUCGUGAUCGUUUUUGUUGUUCCUGUCAGACAACGUAACAGCUGGAAAAGGAACCGCAAGCACCCUGCUCUGUGCUAGUUUUUUUUUUUUUUUGGGGGGGGGGGGGUGGGGGGUGUCUCAUGAGGAUUAACACAUGAAAGCACUUAGUGUCACAAAUUCACUUUAAAAGCUUGUUUACAGGAUGCACAUCACAUUUAAAUGUCUUUUACAUUUAUUGUAUGAAUUCACCUCCAACACUGAUGCUAUUGUUCAUUAAAUAAGUAGAUUGUAUUGAUUGAUCCCGAGUUUCAACGUGAACAUAAAUAUGUUGAGAUAAGAAGUGUAGAGGUUACACUUAAUGUAAGUUUUACAAACAAUGAAGUAUUCCAAAAUUUUGACACAUCAA